CUUGGGCCCGCCCCUUGGCUUCUGCGCUGAUGGUGGGCGGAUGAGUAAUGCAUCCAGGAAGCCUGGAGGCCUGUGGUUUCCGCACGACUGCCACCCCCGCCCCUCGCGUGGACAUUUAUCCUCUAGCGCUCAGGCCCUGCCGCCAUCGCCGCAGAUCCAGCGCCCAGAGACACCAGAGAACCCACCAUGGCUCCCUUCACGCCCCUGGCCUCUGGCAUCCUGUUGUUGCUGUGGCUGGUAGCCCCCAGCAGGGCCUGCACCUGUGCCCCACCCCACCCACAGACAGCCUUCUGCAGCUCCAGCCUCGUCAUCAGGGCCAAGUUCGUGGGGCCCCCAGAAGUCAACCAGAACACCUCACACAAGCGUUAUGAGAUCAAGAUGACCAAGAUGUACAAAGGCUUCCAGGCCUUGGGGGAUGCCACUGACAUCCGGUAUGUCUACACCCCCGCCAUGGAGAGCCUCUGCGGAUACUUCCACAGGUCCCAGAACCGCAGCGAGGAGUUUCUCAUCGCUGGAAAACUACGGGACGGGCUCCUGCACAUCAACACCUGCAGUUUCGUGGCUCCCUGGAACGGUCUGAGCUCCUCUCAGCGCCGGGGCUUCACCAAGACCUACUCUGCUGGCUGUGGGGAAUGCACAGUGUUUCCCUGUUCCUCCAUUCCCUGCAAAUUGGAGAGUGACACUCACUGCUUGUGGACAGACCAGCUCCUCCAAGGCUCUGAGAAGGGCUUUCAGAGUCGCCACCUUGCCUGCCUGCCACGGGAGCCAGGAAUGUGCACCUGGCAGUCCCUGCGGUCCCGGACGGCCUGAAUCCCGCUCCCAGUGGAAACUGAAGCCUGGACAGUGCCCACCCCCUUCCUACUCCCAUCUUUCUCCCAGACAAUGAAAUAAAGAACUACUACCCAGCA